AUGCCUUCAGGCGACGAUGUAAACUCCAACCCGGACUCUUCGCGAGUCGCGUCUGAUGGGCUACUGAAUGGGGGUUCCAUCACCAUCAAGACUGAGGCUGAAGGUGAUGCGGGCGCCCUUGGGUCACCGAUGGACAUGGAAACUACCGACAGAAUCAAGAAGGCAGCCACGCCCGCCAAUGCAUCAUCUGCUUCUUCCUCGCCAUCACCUGUCAUCAAAACGCCUAGCCAGAGCAGUUCACCUUUGAAAAUGGAGGCUGAUAGUGAUGAAAAUAUGAGCCAUCUCAAGACAAGUAGUAUUGCGGGCGACAUUACGCUCAAACAAGAGCCUGGUAAGCCCCCGAAGCUAGCUCGCAGCUCGUCUCAGAAGGUCAUUGCGCGUCCACCUCAACUGUUCAGCCACUUGCCGGACAGUGUCAAUGAGGCUCGUCAAACCUUUGAGGUCAUCAAUGACUGCAUCUAUGGUAGCAAGUACAUGGGCCAUACAGAGCAUGCCAUGGAGUGUGACUGCUCUGAAGAAUGGGAUGGUAAAAUCAAUCACGCCUGUGGAGAAGACUCAGACUGCAUCAACCGCGCCACCAGAAUUGAGUGCUUGAAUGAUUGUAGUUGCGGCCAAGACUGUCAAAACCAGCGUUUUCAGCGGAAAGAAUACGCAAACGUGACUGUCAUCAAGACAGCUAAGAAGGGCUUCGGUCUUCGCGCGGAGUCUGACAUCCAACCUCAUCAAUUCAUCUAUGAGUAUAUCGGCGAAGUCAUCAACGAGACUAACUUCAGGCGACGAAUGAUUCAGUAUGACAAGGAAGGCAUCAAGCAUUUCUAUUUCAUGUCAUUGAACAAAGGUGAAUUUGUCGACGCUACAAAGAAGGGCAACCUUGCACGGUUCUGCAAUCAUUCAUGUAAUCCAAAUUGUUACGUUGACAAAUGGGUUGUGGGUGAGAAACUACGAAUGGGAAUCUUUGCCGAACGUUACAUCCAGGCCGGAGAGGAACUUGUCUUUAAUUACAAUGUUGAUCGAUAUGGUGCAGACCCUCAGCCGUGUUAUUGUGGUGAACCGAAUUGUUCAGGAUUUAUCGGUGGCAAGACGCAAACAGAACGAGCGACAAAAUUGUCUAAUGCGACAAUAGAAGCCCUGGGUAUUGAAGACGCAGACGAUUGGGAUAUUGCGGUCGCGAAAAAACCUCGCAAGAAGAAGAUGGAAGAGCCUGAUGAAGAAUAUGUUGAGAGCGUUCAACCCAAGUCUUUGGAUGAGAACGGCGUUACGAAGGUUAUGGCUGCUUUGAUGCAAUGCACUGAGAAGUGGAUCGCAGUCAAGCUUCUCAGUCGUAUUCAGCGGUGUGACGAUGAACGAGCUCUGAACCGUGUUGUGAAGAUGCACGGCUACCGUAUUCUGAAUUCACAGCUUGGCAUGUGGAAGGACGAUAUCAAUGUGGUUCUUCAGGUGCUUGACGUUUUGUCAAGGCUGCCAGCACUUACCCGAAACAAGAUUAUUGACUCUGACAUUGAGACUACGGUGCAGCCAUUAACUAUUUUCGAUGAUGAUCGUGUUAGCAAACAGGCUUCUUCGCUUUUGGAAGUAUGGUCGAAUCUAGAAGUUGGAUAUCGUAUCCCCCGUAUGAAACGUGAUCCUACGGCGUCCACUCCACAAAUAUUCAGUCAAUUCGAACGACGGGAAACGACAGGAAACGAUAAUCGCAAUCGAUCGAAGUCGCGGACACGAUCAAGGUCACGCUCCAUCGAACCUCCCCGUGGACCUGCUGCACAGACCCGAGGUGGGUUUAAUGGGAGACCUAUUCCACACAAUCGUGGACCUCGCUUCCAACGACCACCAACUCUGCCGCAAGGAUGGUUUGAGAGGUCUGAUGUGGAUGGGAGGUCACUUUACUACACAGUCACUGGUCAUACCCAAUAUGAGAAGCCCACUCAACCGGCUUCGGAGAUUCCUGCAGUGGCUUCUCUGAAGCGCAAACAUUUUCAGGACAUCAUUGACACGAUCAUGGAGUCUCGCACUGAAACGCCUCGUGAUCGCACCAGCACACCGGGGACACCGCAGCCGCAAAAAUCAGACUCAAAGAAGGAAUCGUGGAGAUCUUACUCGGAGGAGAAGCAAAAGAAAAUAUAUGAGAAUACGAUUCAUCCUUAUGUCAAGUAUGUGGUGGAUAAAUUCAAGAAGAAAUUGCCCAAGGAAGAUCUGAAGAGAUACGCGAAAGAGGUUGCCACGAAGUUGGUUGAAUCAGAUUUCAAACACGGCAGGGUCGAGGACAUUCUUCAAAUUUCCGAAAAGCAACAGCAAAAGAUCAAGAAGUAUUGUAAGGAAUAUUUCGAAAAAGCAGUAGCGAAACACAAAGCGCACGAGAAGAAGAAGGCAGAAAGAGACAGUCAUGACGACAGCAAUUCGAGAGACAAGGAUCCUCUCGAUAAGUCCGCUUCACAAACACCACAAGCGCGAGGAGACUCGGGCUCACCAAACGAUCUGAACGGCGAUCUCAAUGCGUCCGAGGAUGAUGGCGACGAGCCGACAGUUAAACGGAAAAGAGACACCACCGAUGAAGCAGAGGUCCAGAAUGGACAUCCAUCGCCUAUGAAGCGACGAAAGUCAUCGACACCGCCACCACCGUCUCAACAUCAUCCUCGCGACGGCCUGGACGAUGAAAUACAGCGUUCCGGCCUUUCAGCAUCACACCAAAGCAUUGGGGUUGUACAAUAG